AUGGUUCAGGAGAGGGAGUGUUUUGCAGAUAUGGUACAUCCCUGCAAAGCCACUGACGCCCUGGAAACCUUAGCAAGUGGUCCCGGACCUUUAUCAAGUGGUCCCGGACCCUUAUCAAGUGGUCCCGGACCAUUAUCAAGUGGUCCCGGACCCUUAUCAAGUGGUCUCCGACCCUUAUCAAGUGGUCCCGGACCCUUAUCAAGUGGUCCCGGACCCUUAUCAAGUGGUCCCGGACCCUUAUCAAGUGGUCCCGGACCCUUAUUAAGUGGUCCCGGACCCUUAUCAAAUGAUCCCGGACCCUUAUCAAGUGGUCCCGGACCCUUAUCAAGUGGUCCCGGACCCUUAUCAAGUGGUCCCGGAUCCUUAUCAAGUGAUCCCGGACCCUUAUCAAGUGGUCCCCGAACCUUAUCAAGUGGAACCUUAUCAGUUCAGUAA